UGUACGAUACUUGAAGUUACUUGGGAAUCUUGUCAUUCGUCGUUCAAUUUCAUUAAAUCUGCUAAAAUCCCGUCUGAAAACCAAAAAAUCUGGCUUUGGAAGUGAGCAAUUGGCGUGGCAGAGUGCAAAAGACAUUAGAAUAAUUGAAUUUUGUGUGCAAAAAUAGGAAAAAAUGAAUUCUCAAAUGUCCAACGUGGAAAAUUUGAGUCCGCAAAUCAUCAGGCAAGUCGUGAAAGAGUUGCAAGGUCUGCAGACAAACGCCUUGGAGGGAAUCAAAGUUGUAAUUAACGAUGCUGAUGUGACAGAUAUCCAAGCAAUAAUUGAAGGUCCCGCUGGAACGCCAUACGCGAACGGGGCAUUUCGUGUCAAACUGACACUCCCGAAGGAUUUUCCGUCGCAUCCGCCAAAGGCAUUCUUCCUCACGAAAAUUUUCCAUCCGAAUGUCGCGCCCAACGGCGAAAUUUGCGUCAAUACCUUAAAGAAAGAUUGGAAGUCUGAUUUAGGAAUUCAACAUAUUUUACUUACCAUCAAAUGUCUUCUCAUUGUACCUAAUCCCGAAUCCGCUCUUAAUGAGGAAGCUGGAAAACUUCUCCUCGAACAUUACGACGACUACUCACAACGUGCUCGAAUCUACACAGAAAUCCAUGCGCAACCUCCGAAAUCCUGUGGCAGCGGAAAUUGCAGUAACGCAACGAAUUCCGCGACGACAACCGCCACAGACGAUGCCGACGAUGACCAACCGUCGUCGUCGAAGAGUAAAAAGAUCCAAAUUGUGCAGGAUAAAAAGAAGGAAAAAUUAAUGAAAGAGAAAAAACGAAUUCUCAAACGUUUAUGAGCGCUCGAGUGUCUGUCGUAGCUUUUUUUUUCGUCGUUUUCGUCGUCGUCGUCGUCGUAAUUUAGUCAGAGUGUGUGUGAAGGAGGCAUUUGUGCAAGACCAAUAUUUAAGUAUAAACAAGAAAAAAAAAUAAUGUACAACUUACAAAACUCUUUUUAUUUUAUUUAAUUAACUUCUAAUUCGAACUAUAAUAUUUAAAAAUUUAAUAUAAUUUCGAAAAAAAAACACGUACUCGAUUAGAAAAAAAAUGAAACUAAAUAAUAUAAAUUGUAUGAAAUGUUUGUCGUCAUAUCUCAUUAAAUCGUCAUUUAUUGCAAAAGUAUUAUAGUUUCAAUCAAAAUGGAGAAAAUAAAUAAAAAUAAA